GCCUCUCACUUCGUUUGCAUCCUGUCCCAGACAGUUGCCUUUGGGGAUUAGAGCAGAAAAUUAGGCUAUCGCAGCGGGACUUUAUUUCCUGGGUCAACUUUGCAUUUGGACUACUUCCUGGAGCAGGACAACCAAUCUAGUAGACCAUCAGACGCAGAUUCUUUUCGCCAAAAUGCUGCUGUUGCUCCUGGGAAUCAUCGUGCUCCAUGUAGCAGUGCUGGUACUCCUUUUCAUCUCCACUAUUGUCAGUCAAUGGAUCAUAGGACCUGGGCAUGCAACUGAUCUCUGGCAGAACUGUACCAUUCAGUCUUCAGGCAAUGUUCAGCACUGUUUCUCAUCCUCUACAAAUGAAUGGCUACAAUCUGUUCAAGCCACCAUGAUCCUUUCCAUUAUAUUCAGUGUCCUUUCAUUGUUCCUGUUCUUCUGCCAGCUUUUUACUCUCACCAAGGGUGGACGAUUUUAUAUCACUGGAAUCUUCCAGAUCUUCUCUGGCCUAUGUGUGAUGAGUGCAGCGUCAAUCUACACAGUGAAACACACGGAGUGGCAGCACAGCAUGGAUUAUGCCUUUGGUUUUGCUUACAUACUGGCCUGGAUAGCUCUUCCUUUGGCUCUCACCAGUGGAGUGAUCUAUGUCAUCUUGCGAAAACGCGAAUGAAACUCCCUCAAGCUGCUUGUAGGAUAUCCCUGUGGAAGGGAAAAGGAAAACAAUGAAAAAAAAGAAAUAACAAAAAAAUCCAAACCAAAACACAAAAAUGGAGGGAGGUUACUGUGUUGAUAUGUAUAUAAUAUCUAUGGUUUUUUUUAAAACCUAUUUAUAACACUUUCUACAUGUAUGUACAUAGCAUUGUUUGCUUUUGUCUUGACAGUAUGCCUUGAGUUAAACCCUAAAGAAGUGCCUAAAAAUUUUCAAAUACUAACAGUGUAAUCAAAAUUCAAUAUUUUGUCUUAGUUUUUCCUUGAAAAACUGAUCACCUGAUCAGAAAAAAAAAAAUCACCUGAUAUUUUUCCUUCUACCUUCCACUCCAUCCCUUACUGCCUUCACCUGAAACUGAAUACAUCCCACACAUCUGUACCACUUUCCCUCAUUUAGAAAAUAGUAUGUGCACAAACCACUAGCCCCUAUAUUAUGCUAUAUGAAUUAAACAUAAACUUCUUAAAUCUCCAAUGUCUGCAUUCCCAGGGACAUGUUCUCUCCUUGAAAACUAGAACACAUGCAGAAAGACAACUAGCAACUUUGAAGUAUUUCUCCCUUUCGUGUAGGUAAAUCAGUGAUCAGCUUAGCCACGUCUAUAAAAUGGUGCUAUGUAUUUACCAUUCCUUUAGUAGUCAUUUAACCUACUCACUGGAAAACUCAGUUAACAGUUUUACAAGAUAAGGUAAAAUGGAGAAUUGAAUAGUUCUGUGUAAUAUAAACUGCUUUUGUACUCGGGCUGCUAUUAUUUCUUUCUUCUUUUUUUAAUAAAAACUUCAUAAUACUCCCUCCUCUUUUUUCUUAUGACAAGCCUCUAGACUCUCCGGGGCCAUGAACACUCAGGGCUCAUUUGGGUGCAGCCUCUAUUCUCUGCUUCAAAGGAAUGUCUGGCAAUGACUUGUAUUGGCAAACAACUGUAGAUUUGUAUGCAGUGCCUUCUGAUGCUCAGACUCCAAACUUUUUUUGCCUUUCUGAUUUUAUACAAGUUUGUUGACUAAAAUGCAUUGAAAUAAACAUCAGAAUAACUCAUUGA